AUGUGUAGCCAGUGGGUGGCGCAGCUUGGUGAACUGAUGAUCUUUGCUCUGGUCACUCAGGCAGCUCUCAAACCAGCAAUGCCUCCAGGAAUCAAGGACGAGCCUUUCAGUGUUUUCUGGGCUGCCCCGACUUUGUUCUGUAAGGAUAAUUUCAACGUAAAAAUUAAUCUGCAAGUAUUUAACAUCAUUCCAAAUCCUUUAGAAACGCAGAGUGGAUCCACAAUCACCAUAUUUUAUCCAAAUGAACUCGGAUAUUACCCUUACUUCUCUGAAGAUGGAAAAUCCUUCUCUGGUGGAAUACCUCAGAAUGUGAAUCUCUCCGAGCACCUCAAGAAGAGUGCCAACGACAUUGCGGGUGCUGUUGAAUUGUGGAGGUCAGAAGGACUUGCAGUCAUCGACUGGGAAGGCUGGAAACCCCAGUGGGACAGGAAUUGGGGCAGCAGAAGAAUAUAUAAGAACCAUUCGUUAGCCUUCACGCGGCACCGUCAUCCCGACUGGUCAGAAACCAAAGUGAGAACAGUUGCGCAACAAGAAUUUGAAAAUGCUGCACGGAGUUUAAUGAAUGUUACUCUCACGUUGGCUUUAGAAAUGAGACCAAAGCGCUUAUGGGGCUUCUAUCUCUAUCCGGAUUGCUACAAUUAUGAUUACCGGAUAAAUGCAAAGUUCUACCAAGGUAGUUGCCCAGAUGAUGAAAUUUUCCGCAAUGACCAACUCUUGUGGCUGUGGGAAAAAAGCGCAGCACUUUAUUCUUCCAUAUAUUUGAGUAAAAUAUUAAAAUCAAACUUAAAUGCACUGAAAUUUGUUCAUUUCCGAGUGAGAGAAGCCCUGAGAGUUGCUGAAAUGGCCAGAAAGGACUAUGCGUUGCCAGUUUUUAUUUUUUCCAGGCCAUUUUAUUUGCAGAGUGUUGAAGCUCUGUCAGAGGAGGACUUAGUGCAUACGGUUGGUGAAAGUGCCGCCCUGGGAGCGGCAGGAAUAAUAUUAUGGGGAGGAUACGAAUAUUACCAUUCAGAGGAGGCUUGCUUAUCUGUGCAAGAAACUGUUCAAGGGCUAUUGGGUCCUUAUGUUCUCAAUGUAACAUCUGCAGCAAAGCUCUGUAGUCAGAGUUUAUGUAACAGUCAUGGGAGAUGUGUUCGAAGGACACCCGAAUCCUCCUUUUAUCUGCAUAUGCCCCCAAAUAGCCACAAGAAUGAUGUCUCAAACAAGAGCCUCAAAUUUGUCAUUUCUCCAAGGAGUAAGAUGAAGACAAUAAUGAAUAUGAAGACUGGAUUUGUGUGUCACUGUUACUAUGGCUGGCACGGAGAAUCCUGCAGAUCUCGUUUUCCAAAUCUAUUGAGUCGGAAGAACAAGGCUCCUACAAUUGCAUUUAAUUCAUUUAUUUUUCUUGGCAUGACCUUAUCGGUGAUUCUGGUGAAAAUUUUCCUAUUCCCUAUUACAAUGUCCAUUUUUUCUUAA